UGGCGGUCGGGGCGGAGAGGGGGGUUGGGGCGGGAAGUGGAGCAGUCUGGCUCGGUUCCGCCCCGCCCUGCCAGGAGUCAGGGAGCCGGUUUGUUUCCCGAACGCUUCUCCUUCUGCGCUCCCGGCCCUGCUGGCUGUGUGCCGAGCUGGGAAGAAAGUGUCACCCGUUCCAUAGAACAAAGGACCUCGCAGCCUAAUCGCCGGCGCGGCGCGGCCACUGCGGAGCGUUAGGAACGUUCUCUAAAAUGGCGGCCGGCGCGUGGGGACGGGGCGGGAGGCGGCGGCGCGCAGGCGCGGGACGGGGAGGAGCGCCGCGGGCCGGCCGGCAGCUCUGGGGGCACAGGCCGCGCAGGGCUGGUGGAGGCGCGGAGUCGUCCCAAUGGCCGCCGUGCCGGAGCCCGACGAGCCCGCGAAGCGGAAGCCUUUUAAGCUCCUAGGAAUUUUAGAUGUUGAAAAUAUUCCCUGCGCCCGGGAUUCAGUACUGUAUGGUUCAUUAGGAUCUGUUGUGGCUGGCUUUGGACAUUUUUUGUUAACUAGUAGAAUUAGAAGAUCAUGUGAUGUUGGAGUAGGAGGAUUUAUCUUGGUGACUUUGGGAUGCUGGUUUCACUGUAGGUAUAAUUAUGCAAAGCAAAAAAUCCAGCAAAGAAUUACCAGACAAGGAAUGAAAAAUAAGUUAUUAUAUGAAGGUACCCACCUCGAUCCUGAAAGAAAACAAAACAACCGUAAUAGCAGCAAUUGAACAACCUUGAGCAUAGAAAACCAGACUCCCUGAAGUCAGUGUGAAUGCAGCUAAGAUCAACUACAUAAAACAGUUCAUGUACAAUAAGCUCUCAAUCAAGUAAAUAAAGUUUGUUUAAGUUGCAGUCA